ACUCUUGUCUAGCUCUUUGACCUCGACCAUUCAUCUCAAGCUGUGCUCGUUGCGUGCAUUUCAACUUUCAAUUUUCUGUACGCGGAUGUGCGAGUGCCAGAUGUGGACGAGCACGCGAGCCGUGCUCUGAUGGUCCUGUAGGACCGUGACAAGGUGCUGUCUCAGUGUUUCGAUCACUCUGCCUUACGCCAUGCGUUCACAGGAAUCAAGUCUCCCCAAGCGCUGGACAUUCGCCCACUGGGAUUCGCUUUGGUCGACUCUCAGACCACGUUCAAAGUGGUAUGGCUUGCUGUGCCUUAUAAAAAGUUGUACCUCGCAAACGUGGUGCAGUAGCGACGAAAGAGUUUGCGUGUCUUGCAUGCAUGGAAACUUCACCGGGCGAGUGUGGCAAUCCUGGCCGACCAGGCAUCCCACGCCUCCAGGUUGCCAUUGUCCUCGCCCAUCUACUAUCCACUGCCCCGAGACCAGGUUCAAGGCCGAUAUGGCCGCCCUGGGGGCAGCCUUGGCUCGGCGCCGCUUCACGCGCUGCAGCGUGUGCGAAAAUGGAACUGAAGACAACCCUUUUCGCUGUCUGCACCUCAUACACCAGCAUGACGAACCGACUCGGCCGUCGGUGCCGUCCUGCAAACGUCGUACUACUUGCAUGCCUUUCACUCCUUUUGUGGAUCCUGGCAGCCAUUUUCUCCACCGUCUCCCUCUCAACGGUACACGCGGUGGUAUACUCCAUUCCUCUCGAUGUCGAGUAAAUGUAUUACCUUGCAUCUCUCGCGCACAUGAGUCUGCCACAGCAGACUCCAAGUCGCCAUCUGUCACCCAGCCAUCAAGAGCGCGUUCUCCAUCCUCAGGCAAGGGCGCGGACGAAUCACACUCGUCUUUGUCUUUCUCAAGAACCCGCUCGCCAACUAUCCACGCUGUGGCUCUGCCUGGGCCCCGUCAUUUUGACAAUGGCGGAAAACCGCACGAAAGCAUAGUAGAACCCGGCGAGCGUUCCAAAGAUCCGAUGGGUGCAAGCACACACCGCCACGCGAUCGUGUAGAUGCGAACAAGGAGGCACAACAGCGGUCACGUACGCUCUCCGUUUCUACUCCUGCGCAGGGCAGCACGGUGGGCGAGACUGACUUCUG